AUUUGUGAGAAUAGGAAGUGCGUGACAGUUCAAUUCGAGACAAAAGCGAGUUACAGCUCAGCAGCGACCGAUAUUCUAGCAUUCGCGAGGAAAGUCAGGCCAACAGUUAACAGUUAACAGUAUUGGCUAACACCCAGAUCGGUGCGGAUCGAGACGAGAUAGCCAGGAACUGCACUGGCUGAUAAACAAAACAAAGUCAAAAGCAAAAACAAACACAAACAGCCCUAUUUAUAUGAACGUUGAAACCAAUUAAAUCGCAUCGGGGACAUGCAAAUUCCCCCUUUCGCUAUCGGAAUUUCAAUCCUAAUCUGUGGCGCGCCCGACCUGUUAAUAGUUUAAUUUGCUACCAUAAAUAAUAGCACAAGAAUUAAUUGAUUUUCGUCAUAAAUCAAUAACUAACAAACUAACUAACUAUCUAACUAACAAGUGCGGCGAGCAGGAAAAUAAAAAUAAAAUCAGAUCAGAUCGCUGUGGAGCUCUGAUUUUCGAGACUGCGCUGAAAUGAAGCUAUUUACCAAUAAAAACCAGCGCAAUGCAAAGCUGUUGCGUCGCGCCGCCCUGGGCAUGACCCUGCUGUUCUUCGGGUCACUGGUCCUGAUUGCGGAUCCCCUGCAGAGUAUCCUGGAUACGCAACUAAGCCUUAAGCCUGGCUCCCUGCUUCACCGACUGUGGCUCUUCCCGCCCAUAGAUGUUUUUAUAAACGUUUACAUGUUCAACUACACAAAUGUGGAAGAGUUCACAUCGGGCCGAGCGGAUAAACUGCAUGUCCAGGAGGUGGGUCCUUAUGUUUACCAGGAGGUACUGAGCAAUCACAAUGUCACCUACAAUGAGAACAACAAUACAAUUACGUAUACGCCCAAGCGUGAAUAUGUCCUGGCACUGGACAGAUCCAUUGGUGAUCCCAAAGUGGACCGCAUCCGGGCGCCCAAUAUUCCUCUAAUGGGUGUAACCACUCUGGCCUCCAGCAUGUCCAUGUUCGCCUCCCUGGGACUGAGUGCUAUUACCCGGCAACUUGACUCACAGCCCAUGCUGGAGUUGAGUGUCCACGAAUAUAUGUGGGGCUAUGAGGAUCGUCUGGUGGAACUGGCCGCCAAAUUUGUGCCAAGUUGGAUUGAUUUUUCUAGCUUUGGAAUUAUGGAGAAGCUCUUUCGUGAGGGAAACGAGAGCAAUGUGUUCAACAUGAACCUCCAUGAACCGAAAGACAAAUAUGGAGUGCGAUUGCCCGAUGCUCCUCGAGCCUAUACCGUGGACAGCAUCAAUGGGGAAAGGGGCUUCAAGCGCUGGGAAUACAACGAUGAGACCAAUGGAACCAUGUGCAAUCGCAUCUGGGGCAGUCAUGAUGCCACACUCUUCCCGCUGGACAUGGAUGAGAACGAUGAGUUCUUUCUGUAUAGGCGGACCUUCUGCCGGCGCUUACAUGUCAAGUUCAAUAGUACCUCCACCUGGAAUGGAAUCGAUGGCUAUCGGUUCGACAUGCUCCCGGAUACAUUCGACAGCUAUGCGAAUGAUGCCAACUCUUCCUGUUACUGCAAGAACAACCGCUGCCUCAAGAAGGGCGUGGGUAGCGUCUCGCCCUGCUACUACAAUAUUCCCUUGGCCAUUACAUAUCCGCAUUUUACACAUGCCGAUCCUACCCUUCUAGAGCCCUUUGAAGGUCUUACUCCGAAUGCCACGCGUUUCACAUCCUCACUCGUAGUUCAACCGCAACUGGGAGCUCCCAUGCAGGGCACCCACCUUCGGUUGCAGGCCAACCAGGUCGUGGGCAAGGUCAGUUUCAGCCGGAUUAUGGAACCCUUUGAGAACAUGGUGUUACCGCUGCUGUGGGUGGACCUGAACAUCGACGUCCUGUGUCUGAGCCUGCGGCUGCUCAUUCAUGGCAUCAAGUGGGGCUUCCCCCUGCUGCAGUGGAGCGUUGCCCUAGGAAUGCUUCUGGCCGGAGUCUAUCAGCUGUGCUGCGCCCUGAUGCUCUGCUUCUGGGCGCCGGCCAACAAGUUCCAAAAGGUGGAUCAGGCAGAGCGUGGGGCGGCGAUUCAGGUAAUCGGAGCCCCGGGCUAUCGCAAGUCCUCGCUGCCGCUGGAGGCUCUGGAGGAGCAGCACCAUCUGCUCUUCGGUGGCGGCAGCAUCAUCCCCAAGCUGGCCAAGGCGUGAUCUAUUCGGGAAUGGCUACCUCAACGCAAGAAGAGACAAUUCUGUGAUAUUUAUGCUUAAGAUUCGGUUUAAAUUAUUGUGCUCAUUGGAAACAACUUAGGGAACGUCUUGCCUACGUACUAGUUAACGAUAACAGUAAAGAUAAUGGUAGGGCUACAGUAAGCAAUGUACAGUGGAGCUUGCACUCGAUAAAUACAGGUCGAUAGCUAUGUA